CGCAGUCGGUCUCCGGGAGGCCUUUACUGCCAGGAAACAAAAUGGAGCGCGUCGACAGCAGCGGCGAAGGGUGCUCUCCUCAGGGAACGAGGCCUACUUCGCCUUCGUCGCCGUGACCGGAGCCAGGAAGGAACACGCGUGGAAAUUAGGCCGAAGAAGGAGAAGAAGGAGAAGAAGAAGAAGGCCCGAAGCCAGGAAAGGAGGAGGAGGAGGAGGAGGAGGAGGAGGAGGAGGGAGCGUCAUGGGGAGCUGGAGCCCGACAUGAAUGGGGUGGCUUGGUGGCCCUCGCCUCCUCCCACGAUGCUACAUGACUAGGCACAGGGCGCCACCACCACCGCGGGCGUUGUGGCCAUGGAAAACGACAAGCGCAACAUCCAGAUCAUUGAGUGGGAGCACCUGGACAAGCGCAAGUUCUACCUACUGGGCGUCUGCAUGACCAUGAUGAUCCGGGUCAGCGUCUACCCCUUCACCCUCAUCCGCACACGCCUCCAGGUGCAGAAGGGCAAGAGCCUGUACCAGGGCACCUUUGACGCCUUUGGGAAGAUCCUGCGCGCGGAGGGCCCGGCGGGGCUGUACCGGGGCUUCCUGGUGAACACGCUGACGCUGGUGUCGGGCCAGUGCUACGUGACCACCUACGAGCUGACGCGGGGCUACGUCUCCCGCUACUCCAGCAGCAACACCCUCAAGUCCCUCCUGGCCGGCGGGUCGGCCUCCCUGGUGGCCCAGAGCAUCACCGUCCCCAUCGACGUGGUCUCCCAGCACCUCAUGAUGCAGCAGCGCCAGGGGCAGAGCAUGGGCCGCUUCCGGGUCACCACCACCGAGCAGGCCCCGCCCCCCGGCCGGCCCCGCCCUCCGCCCCCCCGCCUCUUCUGGGGCCAGACCCGAGACAUUGUGGCCCAGAUCUUCCGGGCCGACGGCGUGCGGGGCUUCUACCGCGGAUACGUGGCCUCCCUCCUCACCUACAUCCCCAACAGCGCCGUCUGGUGGCCCUUCUACCACUUCUACGCCGCUGGCCAACCUGACCCCGAAGGACUGUCCGCACCUGCUGCUGCAGGCCAUCUCGGGCCCGCUGGCCGCCGCCACCGCCUCCACCCUCACCAACCCCAUGGACGUCAUCCGGGCCAGAGUCCAGGUGGAGGGCAAGAGCUCCAUCCGCCUGACCUUCCGCCAGCUGAUGGCCGAGGAGGGCCCCUGGGGGCUGACCAAGGGCCUCUCGGCCCGCAUCAUCUCGGCCACGCCUUCCACCAUCGUCAUCGUGGUCGGGUACGAGACCCUCAAGAAGCUCAGCCUGCGGCCCGAGCUGGUCGACUCCCGGCACUGGUAGCACACACUGGGAAGCACUGGGCGGCACUGGGGAGCGGGCGGACGACCAUCAGAGACGCGAGAGAGAAAGAUGGUCACAAAAGGCAGAGAAGGAGGAGGAGACUCUAACGGCGUCCUUUUGCAGACAGAACAAAAUAACCUCCGCUCUUGCGAUUCCGGUCUUUUUUCUUCUCAAAUGGAGACGGGAUUCCCGCAAAAGGAAGCCUUUUCUUCCGCAAAUGGUUCUCUUGCGUUUCCCUCGCAAUACGUCGCGUCUUCGAACUCGCCGGAAAAGCCGUGGAUUUACAAAACGAGCCGCAAAAUGGGAACGGUUCCACGACUUUGACAUUUUUGGGGAGAUGACAUGCGUCGAGAGACCUCUUUCCUCCUCUUUGGAUACAAAAUAUGGACCCCGCUGUCGGACCCCAAUAUGGACCCCCCAUUGGGGACCCCCCAAUAUGGACCCCCCCCCCGCCAAUAUGUUUCCUUUCUUUCUGAGGUGUCAAAAAGGGUAGAAAUUGAUCUUUUUUUUUCUUCGUCUUUUGUGUGAUUGUCGUAUCUUUUCCGAGGGGAGACGCUCCCCUUCCGUUCUGUGGCCUUUGCACAUGGGGAGAAAGGGAAACCCCGUGGCUCCUGCUCUUCCCGUCUCGCUCCUUCCCGUCUUCACUUUUGGGGGUUCUUUUAGGCGUGGGCCAAGAUGGCCGCCGUCACAGUUUUCGGAGGUGUUCAGUGGAGACACAGCACAUCUUUUGUAUUACGGGAGAGGCAUCACAAGCAGGGAAGGGCCUCUUCCUGACUCCUUUUCAGCUGGAGAAGAGGACUGGUUUGAACUGGGACGGACUGGGAUGGGAGAGAGACAUUGGAAGGAUGCUCUAUGUCGCACUUGGGGGUUUCUUUCCUUUCUCUGAAGACAUAUUAUAAUUAUUUGUGUGCCAUAA